CGCGUCAUUCUUGGCCAGGAAAUAGCCAUCAUUCAAAACUACACGUCGUCCAUCAACUGAGAUCCUACACAAUAAGAACGCCGUUGUUUUUGUAAGAAAAAGUUGCCUUCAAUGUUACGGCCUAGACCAGGAACACACACCAAGUAGUCCAGUAGAUGCUGAGCCUGCACUUCUUUUUUCAAAGAAGCCCAUCAACGAUAAAUUUGAAAGUCACACUACACUUCCACAAAUAGCCCAUUUGCGUUUCUAUCUCAACAACCAACAUGUUUGAUGAUAUGCCACACUGAAGACAAGAGAAGACAAGAGACUUGCAAUUUGGAUGAAGAGAAAGAAAUGAAAACACCAUGCCCCCAUUUUAGGACCCCAUGAAUGGUGAGUGUGCACUUAAUUAAUUUACCAAUCAAUUAGGAUCCAUUCCACAAAGAUCUCAUCCAUGCUCUUUACAUGGCAGAUAACCAUCUUCACACAGUCCUUAGAAGCUAUAAAAUGAAAUACACAAACACACGCACACAUUUGCCUUGAGAAACCAUUAAAGUAUUAAACUAAGAUAUUUAUCAAUUUCCAUGGAUGCUUAUUCUAUUUCCAUUACUGACCAAGAUGUACUAAAAGAAGAGCCAGUAAUUCUGGUUUCUCCUAGCAACCCAACACCACAAGAAACUAUUUUCCUUUCCAACAUUGACCAAGCAGUAGCUUUCUCAGUUGAAACGCUCUUCUUUUUUGAUGUCUCUUCUACCAAGUACACUUCCUCAACAAUGGAUAUCUCUGAAAGGGUGAAGAGAGCAGUAGCUGAAGUGCUUCUUGUUCCUUACUAUUUCAUGGCUGGCAGGCUUAAUUUCAACAAGGACACUAGAAGGAUGGAGCUUCUGUGCAACAAUGCUGGAGCUUUGUUUGUUGCUGCAACUUCAAGGCUUGCUUUGAAGGAUCUUGGAAAUCUCUCUCUCCCUAAUUCUACAUUUCACCAUUUCAUCCACCGUCCUGGCCUAUACAAAAGCCUUGCAGAAAAAGCACUUCUCACCAUUCAGGUUACAAGAUUUUCAUGUGGGAGUUUCUCAAUCGGGUUUAUGACAAAUCAUGGUAUUGUUGAUGGUAAAUCAGCUGGUGAUAUGUUUGAGAAUCUCGCGUCUAUUUGCAGAGGUGAAGGUCUAAAAGCCAAAGUUGUCCACAAUGAUAGAACUUAUUUAAAAGCAAGAAAUCCUCCUAUAAUUAAAUACCCACACAAAGAAUAUGUAAAUCUAAGCGAGAUUUCAUCUCCAGCCUCUUUCUUCACUGCACCAGACCAAUUAUCUCCUUCUCCAUUGGUUUUCGCUAACAAAUUUAAAUACAUCCACAAGCUCUUUUCUUUCAGUCCUGAAAUGAUCAAAUCACUAAAAGGAAAAGCCCAGAUCACUUGCACAAGCUUUGAAGCCAUAGUAGCUCAUGUAUGGAGAGCAAGAAGUAUGGCAGUUUUUGACAACUUAGAGGAGUAUUCAACCGUUCUUUUUGCAGUGGACAUAAGGUCGAAAAUUUCACCAAAUUUACCAGAUGGGUUCGUUGGAAAUGGAGUGAUCACAGCAUUUGCGACAGCAAAAGUGGGUGAUUUGGUGAAGAAGCCACUGUCCUUCAGUGUAGGGAAGAUGAAAGAAGGUAGAGAAAGAGUUACAGAUGAGUAUAUCAGGUCAGUGAUAGAUUGGCUGGAGGUGCAUAGAGGGAUUCCUGCGACACGUAAUGGGAAUUUCUAUGUGUCAGCUUGGUGGAAACUUCCAUUUAACGAGCUUGAUUUUGGGUUUGGAAAGGCUUCUCAUGGAGGACCAGUGUUGGGUGGGAAUGAUGAAUUUGUGCUGUUGCUUUCUGAUGGAAAGAGCAUGGAAAAUGGAGGAGGAGGGAUUAACGUUUGGAUGGGUCUUGAACAAGAAAAGAUGAAGAGAUUCAUGGUUCACAUACUUGAGAUAUGAUAUCUUAAACACAAAAAUAUUACAUUUCCAUGAUGAUUUUGAUUUGUUCAAGUUGAACUAUGUUUUCUAUAUAAUUUGACCACAUAAUAAUAGCAUCAAAAGCAAGAAAUAAUUACUUAUUUUGAAUUUCUAAUUUAAA